CUCAGAUUCAUUUCUUUAACUGCACGAAGCUGUUGCCCAAACCAAACCGAACUCACUUUGUUGAAGGAGGAUUGUAAAAGAAAAAACAAAACAAAACAAAAAAAAGCUCACCCUGCGUCAAUCGUGAAACUAUGUCCGACUGUCCGGCUCUGAGUCCAGCUGCAGCGGCUCUCUGGCGGAUGGGAAGUUGUGAGUCAGACCAGGAGGACGCGCAACUUUUAUAGACUUUCAAGUUCGCUGCUUGCGAGUAACCAGCAGCGCUCAGUUUAGAGUCUUCUGACUCUUGGAUUGCGCGUCUGGAGAGCUCUGGUAUCAGCCCACCGCGUGUUUCAGGUUCGGUGCUGUUCAGGGCGUCUCUUAUCGAGGAGGAUAUGGUAAUUCCAUUAAGAACAUGUUUGCGGUUUGCAAUGGAGAAUAAAUAAAAAUAAAGGACGGUUAUCGGGGAUUAACUGAGAGCACAAAAGCAGCCUCCCUCCGAGCCCUCUUCAGAAUCACCACUCCAGAUUCUCCAUCCCCGGUUUCACUGAGAGGCGACACACAUGCUGCUCUCGUCUUUGGUACAGUGUGUUUACUGUUCACUGGUGCUCAUCUCAGAGAAUGCAGGGGAGGGAUCUACAGAGCAUGUGCAGAAGGGUGCUGCUCCUGACCAUCUGUAUGGUGUCUCUCUUGGGACAACUGACCAGCGCAUCAUCACACCGAAGCCACAUAGUACACGUGAAAGCUGGAACCUGUGAGGUAAUUGCUGCACACCGAUGCUGCAACAAGAACAAGAUCGAAGAGAGAUCCCAGACUGUCAAAUGCUCCUGCUUCCCUGGACAGGUGGCGGGAACAACGAGAGCAGCUCCAUCUUGUGUAGACGCAUCAAUAGUUGCACAAAAGUGGUGGUGCCAGAUGCAUCCUUGCAUGGAUGGAGAAGAGUGUAAAGUGCUACCAGAUCUGAAAGGAUGGAGCUGCAGUACAGGAAACAAAGUUAAGACAACAAAGGUUACUCGAUAGUCAUAUUUUUCCUGGAUAGAUAUUUGGAACCAAGAUGUUUCUUUGACCAACACAAGUAGGACGUUUUGGAUACCAUGGGAUUUAUAGACUGGCGAAAACCAGGGACCAACACAGACAUUAGUCUGGGACAUUCCAGUGAACAAAAAGAGAAAAAGUAUAAAAAAUUCAUAUGAGACUGCAAUGCCAAACAGAUUCUUGACUUUUUGUCUAGCAUCAACAGUAGCUUUCUUUCAACUCUGCUGCCCACCAAAUCUCUCUUUGUAUUAUACUUCUAAUCCAAUGGACUUGAAAACUCAACCAUGGUGAUAUUUAUUGACUUGAAGACUGGAUUAGACCAUGAAAAACCCACCCUAAAACAUGUGAUGUGAAAUUUUGUGUCAUGUUCUUGCCAGAAGGAGCAUUGGGACUCUUGAUGCAUAUCUCUGUGGAGGCUUUUGUGAGGUCAUAAGCAUUUUUGAUUCCUUUUAGCCUUAUGGAGGAGAUAUCUCCUCUUAUGUUCUGUUGGUUUGAAAAAGCCUGGCCUUUCUUCUUUAUAAAUUUAUUAGGAUGUUAAGACCACUUUUGAAAGACACUCAUAAUAAACACAUCUGGAAAUAAAAAUAAAUGAAAGGUCAAAGUAGGUGAGUUCUGCAACAAUGAUUUAAUGGUAUUUGUUACUUUCGACGCCUGGUGACUGCUAUUCAUUACAACUGUCAAUAUUAUCUCAAUAAAUCUGACUCAAUGAA